CUUUUCAGAUACUUAUUUUCCUUUAAAAAAUUUUUAGUUUUCAGUUACAGUUUACAUUCAAUAUUAUUUUGUGUUAGUUUCAGACACUUAUUUUUCAUGAGGAUUCUGUAUGUAUGGUGGAUAAUCCCUGAAAAUUCCAGUUUUUAAAUUGCCUUAGGUUGCCUCCCUAAGCAGUGUUUAUUUUGUUGUUGUCGUUGGUGGUGGUUAAUCCUCACCCAAGGAUAUUUUCCCAUUGAUUUUUAGGGAGAGUAGAAGAGAGAGGGAAAGACAGAGAAACAUCGAAGUGAGAGAAACACAUCGAUUGGUUGCCUCCUGCACGCACCCCAGUCAGGGCCAAGGCCGGGAGGUGCCCGAAACUAAGGUACGUGCCCUUGACCAGAAUCGAACCUGGGACCCUUCGGUCCGCAGGCCAACGCUCUAUCCACUGAGCCAAACUGGGUGGGGCCCUGAGGAGUGAGGAAGGUCAGGGAUGCGGGUGGCCAGUAGCAGUCUGCAUUGCAUUAGGCCUUCCCCUGAGCAUCAGUGUGUUCUUUGUGUUCAUUUUCUUCUGUGAGGUCUCCCAGGUCUGGGACUCCCUGUGGGAGGUUCCCGGGCAGGGCCUCUGGUGUGGGGUGAAUGUGUAUGUUUUUAGGGAGCUGCCAUGCAGUCUGAUUAGCACUGAUCGUUAGGACAUUGAUCGGAAAAUGACAGCCGCAUUGCAAUCUUACUUUUUGGGUAACCCUGCCUGGGUUUGGUUUUUUCUCUGUUGCAUUUUGCUUUGUUUUUGUCUUGAGGGAGGGAUGAUACUAAAUAAAUAAAACUUACUGGAUUCAGAUAGAUCGACCUGUUUCACUUGGGAGAGUUACUUAAGUACUUCUGAGUGUCAGUUUUUUUUUUAUAUGAAGGAAGGAGAAAAUAAUAUUCUCUUUCUGCGUUUUUGUCAGAGAAACUAAUUUAUAUAAAAUAGCUGGAAUAUGGCAUCAGAUAAGCACUCAGGAAAUGGUAGCCAAUAAGGAUGUUGAGAAUGAUAGUAAUAUCAUUUGCAAUGUAAGAAUAUAGAAGUAAAAUUGGAAAUCUUGAUUUUUGUAUUACCAGAAUUAGCCACUUUCCAAUCAUUUUACUUUGAGGAUUUUUUAAAAACAGACUUAUGUGGAGGUUCUUAAAUCUUUUUCAAUCUAUGUGCAUUUUUUUCCUUAUUAAGUAAUUCAGUAUCUGAAGAAGCCUCGGGGUCCGACUCAGGCAGCCAGUCGGAGAGCGAGCAGGGCAGCGACCCAGGAAGUGGACAUGGCAGCGAGUCCAACAGCAGCUCUGAGUCUUCGGAGAGUCAGUCGGAAUCUGAGAGUGAAUCGGCGGGGUCCAAAUCCCAGCCGGUCCUUCCGGAAGCCAAAGAGAAGCCAGCCUCCAAGAAGGAACGGAUAGCCGAUGUGAAGAAGAUGUGGGAAGAAUAUCCGGAUGUUUAUGGGGUUAGGCGGUCAAACCGAAGCAGACAAGAACCAUCACGAUUUAAUAUUAAGGAGGAGGCCAGUAGCGGGUCUGAGAGUGGGAGCCCCAAACGAAGAGGCCAGAGGCAGCUGAAAAAACAAGAAAAGUGGAAGCGGGCGCCCUCAGAAGAUGAACAGGAGCCAGGCAGCGAUGCAGAGAGUGAACCAGAGCAAAACACAGUGAGAGCCCGGAGGCCUUUCCCCAGAAGAACAGUGCCCAAACCUCGUGUUAAAAAGCAGCCGAAAGCUCAGCGUGGAAAGAAAAAAAAGCAAGAGUCGUCUGAUGACGAUGAUGAAGACGAUGAAGCUCCCAAAAGGCAGACUCGUCGCAGAGCGGCCAAAAAUGUGAGCUAUAAAGAAGAUGAUGACUUCGAGACCGACUCAGAUGACCUCAUUGAGAUGACUGGGGAAGGAGUGGAUGACCAGCAGGACAGUAGUGAAACCAUUGAAAAGGUCUUAGACUCACGGCUAGGCAAGAAAGGAGCCACUGGAGCGUCUACUACAGUGUAUGCGGUUGAAGCUAACGGAGACCCAAGCGGUGACUUUGAACCGGAGAGCGAUGAAGGCGAAGUCCAGUACCUCAUCAAGUGGAAGGGUUGGUCUUAUAUCCACAGCACGUGGGAGAGCGAAGAGUCCUUGCAGCAACAGAAAGUGAAGGGCCUGAAAAAACUCGAGAACUUCAAGAAGAAAGAGGAUGAAAUCAAGCAAUGGCUGGGGAAGGUUUCUCCCGAAGAUGUGGAAUACUUCAACUGCCAACAGGAGCUGGCCUCAGAGCUGAACAAACAGUAUCAGAUAGUAGAAAGAGUGAUAGCUAUGAAGACAAGCAAAUCUACACUGGGUCAAACUGAUUUUCCAGCUCACAGUCGGAAGCCGGCACCUUCGAAUGAACCCGAGUAUCUGUGCAAAUGGAUGGGCCUGCCCUACUCAGAGUGCAGCUGGGAAGACGAAGCCCUGAUCGGAAAGAAAUUCCAGGGCUGCAUCGACAGCUUCCACAGCCGGAACAACUCCAAAACCAUCCCGACGAGGGAGUGCAAGGCCCUGAAGCAGAGGCCACGGUUUGUGGCCUUAAAGAAACAGCCGGCAUAUUUAGGAGGGGAGAACCUGGAGCUCCGGGACUACCAGCUCGAAGGGCUCAACUGGCUGGCUCAUUCCUGGUGCAAAAGCAACAGUGUAAUCCUUGCUGAUGAAAUGGGCCUGGGAAAGACCAUCCAGACCAUAUCAUUCCUCUCCUACCUGUUCCACCAACACCAGCUGUAUGGCCCUUUUCUUAUAGUCGUCCCUUUAUCCACCCUCACCUCAUGGCAGAGGGAGUUUGAAAUCUGGGCACCAGAGAUUAACGUAGUGGUUUACAUAGGUGACCUGAUGAGCAGAAAUACGAUACGGGAAUAUGAAUGGAUUCAUUCUCAGACCAAAAGGCUCAAAUUCAAUGCACUUAUAACAACAUACGAGAUCCUCUUAAAAGAUAAGACUGUGCUGGGCAGUAUUAACUGGGCCUUCCUGGGAGUGGAUGAAGCCCAUCGGUUGAAGAACGAUGACUCUUUAUUGUAUAAAACCCUGAUUGACUUCAAGUCCAACCAUAGGCUCCUGAUUACGGGGACCCCUCUUCAGAACUCCCUCAAAGAGCUCUGGUCCUUGCUGCACUUUAUUAUGCCGGAGAAGUUUGAGUUCUGGGAAGAUUUCGAGGAGGACCACGGGAAAGGGCGGGAGAACGGCUACCAGAGCCUCCACAAGGUGCUGGAGCCGUUCCUCCUGCGGAGGGUCAAGAAGGACGUGGAGAAGUCCCUGCCCGCCAAAGUGGAGCAGAUCCUCAGGGUGGAGAUGUCGGCCCUUCAGAAACAGUAUUACAAGUGGAUCCUGACCAGGAAUUACAAGGCUCUCGCCAAAGGCACAAGGGGCAGCACGUCUGGCUUCCUGAACAUUGUGAUGGAACUGAAGAAAUGCUGCAACCACUGCUACCUGAUUAAGCCCCCCGAGGAGAACGAGAGGGAGAACGGGCAGGAGAUCCUUCUGUCCCUGAUCAGGAGCAGCGGGAAGCUGAUCCUGUUGGAUAAGCUGUUGACCAGACUGCGAGAAAGGGGGAACCGCGUCCUCAUCUUCUCCCAGAUGGUGCGGAUGCUGGACAUCCUGGCCGAGUACCUGACCAUCAAGCACUACCCUUUCCAGCGUCUGGAUGGUUCCAUCAAGGGAGAGAUCCGGAAGCAGGCGCUGGACCACUUCAACGCCGAUGGUUCUGAGGACUUCUGUUUCCUGCUCUCCACAAGGGCUGGUGGCCUGGGAAUCAACUUGGCUUCCGCGGACACAGUGGUCAUCUUCGACUCCGACUGGAACCCCCAGAACGACUUGCAGGCACAGGCCCGAGCCCAUAGGAUUGGGCAGAAGAAGCAGGUAAAUAUUUACCGCUUGGUGACAAAGGGGACCGUGGAGGAGGAGAUCAUAGAACGGGCCAAAAAGAAGAUGGUAUUGGACCACCUGGUGAUCCAGCGCAUGGACACCACUGGCCGGACGGUCCUGGAAAACAACUCGGGGCGGUCCAACUCAAAUCCUUUUAAUAAAGAAGAGCUGACAGCUAUUUUGAAAUUCGGAGCAGAGGAUCUUUUCAAAGAACUUGAAGGCGAGGAGUCAGAGCCCCAGGAAAUGGAUAUUGAUGAAAUUCUGCGCUUGGCUGAAACCAGAGAGAACGAAGUGUCAACAAGUGCGACCGAUGAGCUCCUGUCACAAUUUAAGGUUGCCAAUUUCGCCACCAUGGAAGACGAGGAAGAGCUGGAAGAGCGGCCCCACAGGGACUGGGACGAGAUCAUUCCCGAGGAUCAAAGGAAGCGCGUGGAGGAGGAGGAGCGGCAGAAGGAGCUGGAAGAAAUCUACAUGCUGCCUCGAAUUCGGAGUUCCACGAAAAAGGCGCAGACCAAUGACAGCGACUCCGACACCGAGUCCAAGAGGCAGGCCCAGAGGUCCUCUGCCUCGGAGAGCGAGACCGAUGACUCCGACGACGACAAGAAGCCGAAGCGCCGAGGGCGCCCCCGGAGCGUGCGCAAGGACCUCGUGGAGGGGUUCACGGACGCGGAGAUCCGCAGGUUCAUCAAGGCAUAUAAGAAGUUUGGUCUCCCUCUUGAACGGCUGGAGUGCAUAGCGCGCGACGCGGAGCUGGUGGAUAAGUCGGUGGCGGACCUGAAGCGCCUGGGCGAGCUGAUUCACAACAGCUGUGUGUCAGCCAUGCAGGAGUAUGAGGAGCAGCUCAAGGAAAACGCCAGCGAGGGGAAAGGACCAGGAAAAAAGAGAGGCCCAACAAUCAAGAUCUCUGGGGUGCAGGUGAACGUGAAAUCCAUUAUCCAACAUGAAGAGGAGUUUGAGAUGCUGCAUAAAUCCAUCCCGGUGGACCCUGAAGAAAAAAAAAAGUACUGCUUAACCUGCCGUGUCAAAGCUGCGCAUUUCGAUGUGGAGUGGGGAGUGGAGGAUGACUCGCGCCUCCUGCUGGGCAUCUACGAGCACGGCUAUGGGAACUGGGAGCUAAUUAAAACGGACCCGGAGCUGAAGCUAACGGACAAAAUCCUGCCCGUGGAGACCGAUAAGAAGCCGCAGGGGAAGCAGCUGCAGACCCGAGCCGACUACCUGCUGAAGCUGCUCAGGAAGAGCCUGGAGAAGAAGGGGGCCGUGACAGGCGGGGAAGAGGCCAAGUUAAAGAAGCGGAAGCCUCGAGUCAAGAAGGAGAACAAAGCGCCCAGGCUGAAAGACGAGCGGGGGCUCGACUUCUCGUCCCCCAGGCACUCGGACAACCCAUCCGAGGAGGGGGAAGUGAAGGAUGAUGGCUUAGAAAAAAGUCCCAUGAAAAAGAAACAGAAGAAGAAGGAGAACAAGGAGAACAAGGAGAAACAGAUGGGUUCCAGGAAAGACAAAGACGGGGACAAGGAAAGGAAGAAGUCGAAAGACAAGAAGGAGAAGCCUAAAAGUGCUGAUGCCAAAUCUUCGAAUAAAUCCAAGCGAUCUCAGGGCCCCGUGCACAUCACCGCAGGAAGCGAGCCUGUCCCCAUCGGCGAGGACGAGGACGAUGACCUGGACCAGGAGACGUUCAGCAUUUGUAAGGAGAGGAUGAGGCCAGUGAAGAAGGCACUGAAGCAGCUGGACAAACCCGACAAGGGGCUGAAGCAGCUGGACAAACCCGACAAGGGGCUGAGCGUGCAGGAGCAGCUGGAGCACACCCGGAACUGCCUGCUGAAAAUCGGGGACCGCAUCGCCGAGUGCCUUAAAGCCUACUCCGACCAGGAGCACAUCAAGCUGUGGAGGAGGAACCUAUGGAUUUUCGUUUCCAAGUUUACAGAAUUUGAUGCUCGAAAGUUGCAUAAGUUGUACAAGAUGGCUCAUAAGAAAAGGUCUCAAGAAGAGGAGGAGCAAAAGAAGAAAGAUGAUGUGAUGGGUGGUAAGAAGCCAUUUCGACCAGAGGCCUCGGGCUCAAGCCGGGACUCUCUGCUGUCCCAGCCCCACACCCCGCACAGCCUUCACCCUCAGAAGUCUCACCUGCCCUCCCACGGCCCGCAGACGCACGGGCACCCGAGAGACAGCUACAACCACCCCAACAAGAGACACUUCAGUAACGCAGAUCGAGGCGACUGGCAGCGGGAAAGGAAGUUCAACUACGGCGGCGGCAACAGCAACCCGCCCUGGGGGAGUGACCGGCACCACCAGUACGAGCAGCACUGGUACAAGGACCACCACUACGGGGACCGGCGGCACAUGGACAGCCACCGUUCCGGCUACCGACCCAACAACCUGUCCCGAAAGAGGCCCUACGACCAGUACAGCGACCGGGACCACCGGGGACACAGAGACUAUUACGACAGGCACCACCACGACUCCAAGCGGAGGCGAUCGGACGAGUUCAGGCCCCAGAACUACCACCAGCAGGAUUUCCGACGGAUGUCUGACCACCGCCCCCCGAUGGGCUACCACGGCCAGGGACCCUCAGACCACUACCGCUCUUUCCACACAGACAAAUUGGGGGACUACAAACAGCCCCUGCCCCCCCUGCACCCCGCCGUCUCUGAUCCUCGCUCGCCCCCUUCGCAGAAAUCUCCUCACGACCCCAAGUCCCCCCUGGAUCACAGGUCUCCUUUGGAGAGAUCCCUAGAACAGAAAAACAACCCGGAUUAUAACUGGAAUGUUCGGAAAACAUAGAGGACGGCCCGGGAGGAAGGGGCGAGCGAGGGUCCUUGCGCACCUGGCUGAUUGUGGUCUGAUCCAACGGGAGCCCGUUACCUAGACCAGUAAGUGGAGAUUCUGGACACGCUGCUGCCGCCAUCUCGCCAGCUGAGGGGCGCCUGCCUCCGGGAGUGAGGGCUCGGUCUGGUUGCCCCUUCCUGCUCGAGGCACCCCAUCCGUUCCAGCCUGCUCUGGCCUCCCACUGAGGGGUGCUCGGAGGAAGAGUGACUUUUGUGUCCCAGCCCCGGGGCUGUGUCUCCCCAGGGAGGGAGGAAGGGAUCUUAGGCGCAAAUGUUUCAUGGUCAGGGUCCCUGCCCAGCCUUGCGCGCGGGGUCCGGGGAGGAAGGUGUGCGUGAGGGCUGCCGGGCCUGCUGGACCGUGCGUGGUGUGGGUCACGGUGACAGACGAUGCUGCUGAUGGGAGGGGGGCGGGGGGUCAAGUGGGUGGGGUCUCCCGUCAUAGGACGUGAAGGGGGGGAGCAGGUGCACCCCCUGAAUGUGUUCUGGGGACAAGUGAUCCCCUGGGCCUCUUGAUGUGACACCUGCUAACGUUGCAGGGGGUGGGGGGCAGAGAGGGGAGCAGCUCACCGCGGCCCCUUCCCCACAAACACUAAUUUUCCCACGCUGUCUGUACAUUUCAAAGCUGCGGCCUCCCGGGCCUGCCGGGCCGGGGAGCGAGGUCGGUGCGGCCGCCUUGAGGCUGAGUCUGGAGAAGGCGUGGGUCCGGCUGGGUUGGGAGUGGGCAGGGUGGGGGAUGUGUGACCGGAAGUGAGUCCCUGAGGAUUUCCGAUCCUGGGACAGGAAGUAAAACUCCAGGGCCCGGUGGUGGGGGUGGGGGGGCAGAGGCAGGCCUGCUGGUGGGAGGGGGGUGCCCAUGCAGGUGGGAGGAGGUUCCCCAGGGGGUGGCAGUGCCAGCAGGUGGGGGAGCUCUCCGUGUUGUGCUAGGUCAGCAUUUGCCGAUUGCAUUUUAGUUCCCUUUGCAGAGUUGAAAGAAGCGAUGACAGAGUCACAUCUCCUGAGAGCAUGGGGGGGAGGGGCCGCCGAGAAGCCGGUGGUUACCUGUGUUGUCAUUGGAACUGAAUCAGUUUCUUUUAGAACGAGCUCAGCUGAGUUAUAGGCCGAGUCCUUUCUUCCCACGACAGGCGUCCGAGGACUGAGCUGCAGGCAGUGCGCGCGGAGGCUGGGAGGCAGGUGUCCUGUCAGUUACGCAGGCUCCUGUCAUGUUCCCGAGCCGGGCCUGCUGUCCCCUUCGCUUUCCACGGCUUGUCAGUAUUGUGAGCGCAGCCCAGGCCUUCGUGGACGGAGGCAGGAAACCGCCUGGAACGUGUCCCGGCCGGAGCUGGUGAACCCCUCCAGGGGGCGUGCUCAGCAUUCACCUCCCGGGACUGGCCUGUGGGCGCUUCCUAAGAUCACUCCCCCAUCCUCUCCUGGCCCCCGGGCCGCACCACUGAUGCCUUUGCUAAUGAACCCCGAGUUGCAUCCCGAGGGAAGCAGGUGUGGCUUUGGUGGCUGCGUGGCUUCGGUGGCCGUGGCUGCCUGCUGCACAGAGCACCCCAGGCCUGGCCAGAGGAGAGUCUGGGUCCUCUCAGCUGGUGCUGGGGUCAGUGGCCCAUCGCCUCCUGGUACUUAGUUGGGGUUCUUCACGCCAGGCGUGUGCCAGGCAUGCCCUGAGGCGGAGCCCGAGGAAGGCCCGGGAGGCCCUGCCUGCAGCCACCCUCUGGGAGGCGCUGUGACCGCUCAGUCGGGGGAGGUAAACCAGGUCUCAGCUUUGGCCACCACCCUCAGCUCCUUGCUGACGGUUCUAACCCUGCCCCAUGUUUGAGUUGCCCUGGACACAGAGGAAGGUGGGGUUGGCCUGCCAGGGCCCGGAGUGAUGGGGGUGGGUGGGCAGGGAUGAGCCCCAGCGCCUUCCCCUGCAGGACGUGGGGUCACGUCACUUCCUCGGGAGGCACGACGGUUCCUUUUACUACGAAGAGGCCCAUUGGAGGCCCUGCCUAUCUGUCAGGGACUUCUGUUGUCAGUGGGAGAUGUGAGUUAUUCCCAAAGAUGUCGCAUCAUGAGGACAAAGGGACCCCUCUUGUUUGCAGCGAGGACUCCGAGUGCCAUAUGAUGUAGCAAAAGGCAGUAUCGGCCAGAUCAGUGUUAGCUCGAUUAUGGAAUUGCAGUAUCCCCAUGCGCGCAUCUACUGGAGGUGCGCGCAGUGUGUCUGCAGGGCGUGCGGGAGGCGGGAGGCCCUCCUCAGGGGCCCGAGUCGGGGUGAAUGCUGUGCACUCAGAUUAAACCCGAGAUUGGCACAGUGGGGACCUCUCUCCCCGAGGGUGGGGGAGGCUGCCCGGGAACCUGUGAGGAUGGUUCCCAUGGCGCCCGGCUCGGACAGAUUGCAGAAUUGGGAAGAAAGAGCAGGAUCGAGGCGGAGGGAGGUAGCCUCACCUGAAACCCCAACAUAAACAAGGAUCAACACCGUCUCCUGUCGCCCCAGAAACGGACCCACGAACCCAAAGUCCCCUGGAGAGACCCGGCCAGGCUCCGAGGGGCCCUCCCGAGGGCCCAGCGCCCCCUCCUGUCCUUCCCUGAGCCCCCCCUGGGAAGCCAGACCCUUCCCACAUCGGCCUGGUGUCUGAUCGCCGCAUCGGGACGUGCGGUGCAGACGCGGUAAUUCUCACGGCGACGGCGACGCUGAGAUCCCGCAGACCAAACGCCCGGCCCAGGCCUCCCGCUUGUCUGGGGCCGCCGAGGCGCCAGGCUGCAGGCCCAGGCUCCUUAGUCCCAUCUGCGCCCCCCGCGUUCGGGGACAGGUGGUUUUUUUUUUUCUUUCUUGUAAAAUUGUGGACUUUUCAAACCUGUUGACUAAACAGUAAUUAAUUUAUAUUUGUGAGAAAUGCCACAGUCCUGGUGAUUUCUGAUGUAAAUACUGUUGUUUAUAGAGUAUGUAUUAAAUUUUCCUACAUUGUAAAA